CUUUAUAACUAAGCACAAAACAACUUUUCACGUCAAACUUAUUCCCGUGCCACAAAGUCCUCCAAAAGCUAGAGGUCGCUUUCCGAACUUCCCAUCCUUCGAUCGCCAUUGUCGCUUCAGGGUCGGCUAAUGGAAUGCCUGAUGACCUUGUCUAUUUUUUUUUUCUGCCUUCGCUUCUGAAUCCGUUCGGGGCAUUUUCCCCAACGCUACAACGAGCGGCUAAGGAGGGAUUCGAGCUGGCCCAAAAAUAAUAAUAACAUUACCAAGAGAACUCGUCAUAGAAAAACAGGCGAUCGUGAAGGCAGCUCUCUUUGCCGCAAGACCCCUCCCCCCUCCUGCAAUCCUGGCCAAUCACCGCCGAAGCCAAGCCGCUGCCUCCUUCGGGCUCGUCCGGAGAGGCGCCCGAGCGGAAAAAGCUUUGGGCCGUUCCCGAGGCCGAGAUGUCGACUAAGAAUUUCCGCGUCAGCGACGGAGACUGGAUCUGCCCCGACAAGAAAUGUGGUAAUGUUAAUUUUGCUAGAAGAACCAGCUGUAACAGAUGUGGUCGAGAAAAAACUACAGAAGCUAAAAUGAUGAAAGCUGGAGGGACUGAGAUAGGGAAGACACUUGCUGAAAAGAGCCGUGGUCUCUUUAGUGCUAAUGACUGGCAAUGUAAAACAUGUGGUAAUGUUAAUUGGGCCCGGAGGUCAGAAUGCAAUAUGUGCAACACUCCAAAGUAUGCCAAACUUGAAGAAAGAACAGGAUAUGGUGGGGGCUUCAAUGAAAGAGAAAAUGUUGAAUAUAUAGAACGUGAAGAGUCAGAUGGGGAAUAUGAUGAGUUUGGCCGCAAAAAGAAAAAAUAUAGAGGGAAACCUGUUGGUCCUGCAUCUAUUUUAAAGGAAGUUGAAGAUAAGGAAUCUGAAGGGGAAGAAGAGGAGGAUGAGGAUGGAGAUCUGUCUAAGUAUAAAUUAGAUGAGGAUGAAGAUGAGGAUGAUGCUGAUCUCUCUAAAUAUGACCUUGAUGGUAGUGAAGAAGAAGAUUCUGCCAAUAAGAAGAAGUCUUCCACUGCUAGACGAAGUCGCUCCAAGUCUCGAUCUUCUCCUUCACGAUCUUCAUCUCGCUCAUCCUCCCACUCAAGCUCAAGGUCUAGGUCCAGGUCCAGAAGCUCUUCCAGUUCAAGGUCACGGUCUCAUUCCACUUCCAGAGAACGUUCUAGAUCUCGUGGGUCGAAAUCAAGAUCCAGCUCCAGGUCUGUCAGGGGUUCUCCAACCCCAAGGAAAAGAUCUUACUCAAGCUCUCAUUCAUCAUCCUCCACUGAGAGAAGCAGAAAGAGAAGCCGAUCUAGAUCUUCUUCUGGUGAUCGCAAAAAAAGGCGAACAAGAUCACGGUCACCUGAAAGAAACCGCAGGUCAUCCUCUGGUUCCUCUCAUUCUGGAUCUCGUACAAGUUCCAAAAAGAAAUAACGUUCAAAAUUCAAACACAUACACACACAAAAAAAACAACAGUCCAUUGCAUGAGACAAUAUAAAAAAGUUGAUGUUUUAUUUGGUCAGAAAUGGUACAUCCUGCUAAUAGAGAUGCAUGUUUAAUGGAAAACUGCAACUAGUUUAAUUCAUAAAACAUGUAAUGAAAUAUUUUAAGCCAUAAAUUGAUCCGAGAAAGGAAAAUAUGUUAUUUUUAAAAAAAUUGGGCUUAAUCUGUAACAGGUAGUUUUAAUUUAGUCUAGUUUGAAAGUAUCAACCAAGUACCAUCCUGAUCUGUUGCUAUGUCAUCAUGUAAAUUUCAAAAACUAGUUUCUGAAAAAGUUUAAUUUUUCUUUGUCAUCUUUUCAAUAUUAGUAGGCAGGAAUGUAUCUGAGUUUCAGAGUAGGAUAAUUCCCUAGAGGAACAAUUAUUUAAUAGGUUUGUGAUUUCUAACUGAGAAGAAACCUGGUAUAAAUUAUUUCCUGGAUAUUUUGCAAAAAACCCAAAUCUAUCUGUAUAAUUUUCUGCAGAAUUUUAUAAUGUAUUACGUGAGGCACGUAACAUAUUUGAUUCCAUAGUCCUUCACUCUUUAUUGACUCAGCAAAGUAAUAACUGCAUUAUGUUGCAGAUAAAAUAUGGAAAUAUAUUCCUUUCAGGCAAGGCACCUAUGUACCUUGAUGGUACUCCUGCCACCAGAACACAUUAGUGUCACAUGGUGAAAUUGCAGCAAUAAUUAAGAAAACCCCUUGUGUAAAACCUGCCUUUUCAAUGAUUUUCCAGAAGAUAGUUUUCAGAACCAGAAACGAUUUGUGCUCUGGCAGUAAUCCAGUCCUAUACAGGCCUGUUUUGGCCAGAAUGCCAUCUUUGAAAAACUACAAAUAACAACUUGUUGAAUUAACAUCUACAAACUAGCCAAAUUGGUAUGAUCUGGAGAAGCAGCAUUGUUCUUGAAAUAGUUUAUACUAAAGAGUAGAAAUCCUAAAACCUCACAUCUGUUUUCAACUAAUUUAUGGCUUAACAUGUUUCAUUUUCACUUUUGUUUUACUAUCAAAUGUAUUUGUUAAGUACUGACCACUCUUAAACUGAUUGGGGGAAAUGUAUUUGUCAUCUUCAGUCACAUCCAAGGUAAGUAUUUUAAGGGAAAUUAACAAAUCUAAGGAAUAGGCUAUGCUUUCAAUAUCUUGUGUUUUGGAAGAUCUGCUUUGUAAAACAAACUGCUCAAUGGCAAAUGGAGCAGAACUGCCAUCAACUUUUUCCCCCUUUCAUGGACAUCUUCAAGUUGAUGGGGGGUGGGACUGAUCAAUGACAUAGCAAUAAGGCUUUGCUGUGUGAAUAUUUUGGAUAAAUUUUGCAGAAAAAUAUGCCUGUAAUCCUAUAUUGCUUCCUCUUAGGUAUCCUCUUUCUUGUGCUAAAUUGUAGCAUAGAUUGCACAAGUACAAAUAGUCUUGUAACUGUGCCUCUCUGACUUUUUGAAAGUCUAAAAAAAAUGUGAAAACCAGAUUUGCUAAAUGCUACAUGUUAACAAUUUGCUAGUCUUGUGCUUUUAUUCACAGUAUUGUACCUAACAAAUUUUAAUCUCGGCAUAUGAUAGGCUAGAAUAACUAAAGGAAAAUUAUGGGUUUCAUUUGGCUUGGAUUCAAAUUGUAUUGGUUAUAUGAAAAUCCAAUUCUGUGGAUGUGUAAAUAAAGCAUGCCAGUUUUAAAAAUGUCA